UGACGGAAUCGCCCUUUAUAUCGUCCUCGGGGCGCGAAAAGGCAGCCCUGCGAUUGGUCACCUUUCAUGUUCGUUUAGACCAGUGGCGUCUGGGCAUCGGGCGAGCCUGGACUGUGACGUCACUGAAGCGCGAGCACCAAUCGCCAAGGACCUUUUCCGCACCUCAUUUACAUUCCUCUCUGUAGAUAAAGCAGCUCCGCUUGCUUCUCCCUUCACUGGUAAAGUUUUCGCUCCAUAAUGCCUGAGCCAGCGAAGUCGGCGCCGGCCCCGAAGAAGGGCUCGAAGAAGGCAGUGACCAAGGCGCAGAAGAAGGACGGCAAGAAGCGCAAGCGCAACCGCAAGGAGAGCUACUCGGUCUACGUGUACAAGGUGCUCAAGCAGGUGCACCCGGACACGGGCAUCUCGUCUAAGGCCAUGGGCAUCAUGAACUCGUUCGUGAACGACAUCUUCGAGCGCAUCGCCGGCGAGCCGUCGCGCCUGGCGCAUUACAACAAGCGCUCGACCAUCACGUCGCGGGAGAUCCAGACGGCCGUGCGGCUGCUGCUGCCCGGCGAGCUGGCCAAGCACGCCGUGUCGGAGGGCACCAAGGCGGUCACCAAGUACACCAGCGCCAAGUGAGCGCGCCAGUGCGCUGCCUGCUCCCGCCCCCAAGGCUCUUUUAAGAGCCACCUACUCUUUCAUAUAAAAUAGCUGGCCCCUAGGUCUGCUUUCUUUUAGGAUCCUUGCGUGUGCUUUUAUAGGACGGAGUCGAGCAGGCGGGUAGAUUUAUAAAAUUCUGCGCGUAUUGUGCGUGUUUAUAGGUGAAAAAAUCACCAAACUUAAUUUGCGUCCUUAAAUGUCCUGCCUUUUGUCAGUGCUGCGAUAUCCAGAUUUCGCUCUGGCUUGCUCUCAGCAAAGCGUGCGAAGCUCCAGUCCGGGUGGCAGCGCUAUUUGAGAAAGCUGACAAGGACGGUCCUUCAUGGCUGUGGGUUCGGUGAGGUUUUUUUGACAAAAUGAAAUUUUCCCUCCCUGUGGAGUGGGCCGAACUCAAGGUCGGAGUUCUUGCUCCGUUGGCUCUUCUGCCCUGGGCGCCUGGGCCCAAGUAACUUCGACAGAGCACGCUUGGUGUCUGCAACCCUUGGAGCCGCGGUGACCGGGACAUGGUUUGUGUCCAAGCCUGGGGGGACACGAAAGCUGGGGUCACAGUUGAAGGAUGAGACUACAGCGAACCCGCACCCUUGUGGGCGCCUCCGGCCCCCGUGUUCCAUCCGGACAGCUGAGCCAGGGUCGCCGUGGCGGGUCCCCCCGUGGGCCACUGCGAUCCCCCUAAGUCCUCUGCGUCCCACCGCAUUCACGCGCCGCCUCUGCCCUGCGGAAUCCCCUGCGCUGUUGCUAGUGGUGUCAGUCUUUGCACUGACAGCAAAGCCCCUCUGCAGCUACUUUCCUGUCGCUCUGGGGUCCCCUCCCCUAUCGCUGUGGGCAAUCUCGGGUCUGCCACCGGCGACGCGGUCCUGCUAGCAGGCCAGAGGGCGUGCGGAACACCGACCUGCCGUCCGCUUCCCUCCUGCCUUUUACCCUGCCGUCGGGAUUCGCGACCCUGCCUGGUUGGAAGCAGUCUCCUAAUUCCUUCUGUGGUGCUGCCGGCGUCCCGUUCCGCCUUGUUCUAGUCGUCUCCAGGGGACUCGCCAUGUCCCAGGGUUCCUCCCUCUGCUGCCAUCCAGUGACGCAAAAGCAGAAGCACAGGGCGUGGCGUUUCUCUAUGGAGAGGCCUGGCUGAGCAGGACCUGGUCUCCUCCUCACCGGGAUUUAGACUGUGUCUCCAGGAGCCAGUCGUUCGAGGACAGGGGCAGAGUGAGGGAGUAUCCUUCCGUGGUCCAAAACAAAACAGUCCCCCCAAAGUAACAAAGACAAAGUAAUCUGUAUGCAGAAAUAAAUGAAAAUACUAGGAUCAGGCUUUCUAGCUCUGGUCCUCAGAAUACCGAUACCUGACUGCUUACUGUAGAUCUGAACUUGACUGGAACCAUGAUAGCCCUUUUUUUUUUU